AUUUGCUGCAUCGGAAUUGAAUUGAUCACAACCCAUAUUCCGUUGGGUCUCUAGAAGGAAAACACUUCAACCAUCUAACAAAUUCCAACGUCUUCGUUUCGAAGAAGAAAAAAAGAAGAAGAAAAUCGACAACGGCGCCAGCCAUGGCGUCCUCAAUCACCUCGGCGACUCUCCCACCGCGCUUCCUACUACCAGCUUUGAGCCCCAUGUGGCGCGCUGCCGCAACUCGCGUGCCCAGGACAACAACCGCCGCCGCCACCAUCCGUAAUGCUUCGACCAAGAGCACUAGCCCGGAGGGCAAGCCCCCCAUCCUCGAGAAACCCGCCAGGUUUAACCCGCCGUCCCAUGGAUCCCGACUGCCCCGGAACCAAGGACCGAAGCACUACGGCGGCGCCUUGAGCGACGCAGAGUUGCGAGCCCAAGGCCAGAAGCAUUAUCCCAGCAUGCUCCCGCCCGAGGGUACGAAGGCGCACAGCUUCAUCCACAACCGGAGCAUUCAUCUCUUCAUCACUCUUGGUACCCUUACCGUCCUAGCAAUUUCCACUUUCAUGCUGAACUUCACCCACACCUCACCCUUCAAGCACCUCCUCCCCGAGCCAUCCUCGUUCUGGUCCAACCCCGGCGAAUUCAUUCGUACGUGGAUCCGGGUCAUACAGCUACACGAGAAGGACCGCAAUGAGAAGGUCAUUGCCAAGCACACCCGGUACACCGACGACGUGGCCAAGCGGGAGUACUACCGCAAGGUCCACGGUUUGGACAAGGAGAACCCCAUUGUGAACUUAUUUAAGUCGGAAGAGCAAAUAGAGGAGGAGAGGAAGGCCGCUGUGGCUGCUGCUGCGGAGGAGGAGACCAUGGCUGCGGCCAAUGCCGGUGGCGCAGGUUCAGAGACGACUGGCGGCCAGACAAGAAAGAAGUGGCUGGGGAUCUUUUAGGAAGACAAUCUUCAAUGUCCAUAUUCUGUAGAAUACCAUGUACCCUGCAUAGAAUGACAUACAUGUCUGGGCCAGCCCAACU